AUGGCUGGCCCCAGAACCCUCUACGAUAAGGUCUUUAACGACCAUGUCGUUUACAACGAUGGCAAAUCCACAACCCUCUACAUCGACAGACAUCUUGUCCACGAGGUUACCUCUCCACAAGCUUUCGAGGGCCUGAGAAAUGCGGGCCGUUCGGUCAGGAGACCAGACUGCACCCUUGCUACCGUAGACCACAAUGUUCCGACAUCGAGUAGAAAGAGUUACAAGAACGUCUCGAGCUUCAUUGAGGAAGAGGAUUCUCGUCUGCAAUGCACAACCCUCGAAGACAACAUAAAAGCCUUCAAUCUCACCUACUUCGGCCUCGGCGAUGACCGUCAGGGUAUCGUCCAUGUCAUCGGACCCGAACAGGGGUUCACCCUUCCCGGUACCACUGUCGUCUGCGGUGACUCCCAUACUUCCACCCAUGGUGCAUUCGGAGCCCUCGCCUUCGGUAUUGGAACAUCUGAAGUCGAGCAUGUCCUCGCCACACAAACAAUCAUCACCAAGAAGUCCAAAAACAUGAAGAUCCAGAUCGAUGGUCCUUUACAGCCCGGUGUUACCUCUAAAGACGCUAUCUUACAUGCUAUCGGGAAGAUCGGAACUGCCGGUGGAAACGGAUGCGUAAUCGAGUUCUGUGGCUCCACAGUCAAGAGUUGGAGCAUGGAAGCUAGAAUGUCAGUUUGCAACAUGGCUAUUGAAGGUGGUGCUAGGGCUGGAAUGAUCGCUCCUGACGAGAUUACAUUCGAAUAUCUCAAGGGCAAGCCAUUGGCGCCAAAAGUCGACUCGCCGGAAUGGGAGGCUGCAGUUGAAUACUGGGGGGGCUUAAAGACCGAUCCUGGGGCACAAUUUGAUGUCGAAGUCUACAUUGAUAGCAAAGACAUCGCACCAACAGUGUCUUGGGGUACAUCGCCGCAGGAUGUGGUCGCCAUCACCGGGAAGGUCCCAGAUCCCAAAGACUACGAAGACGCCACCAAACGAGCAGGAAUUGAAAGAGCCUUGGAAUACAUGGGUCUCGAAGCCAAUACUCCGAUGGAGGAUAUUCAAAUCGACAAAGUAUUUAUUGGUUCCUGUACAAACUCUAGAAUCGAGGAUUUGAGAGCUGCUGCUAGGAUAGUCAAGGGCAAGAAGAUCGCAGCGAACGUUAAGCGUGCUAUGGUAGUUCCUGGAUCCGGGUUGAUCAAGAAGAAGGCCGAGGCCGAGGGUCUCGAUCAGAUAUUUAGUGAGGCCGGGUUUGAGUGGAGAGAGGCGGGAUGCAGCAUGUGUCUCGGAAUGAACCCUGACAUCCUGUCUCCAAAGGAGAGGUGUGCCAGUACGAGCAACCGAAACUUCGAGGGACGGCAAGGUGCAGGCGGCAGGACGCAUCUCAUGUCUCCCGUCAUGGCUGCAGCUGCAGCUAUCACUGGAUACCUUGCCGACAUCAGGAAACUUGACGGGUUCGACGCACCUGCUGCGCCACCAGAUAAGCCGCAGGUCAGCGUCGGAUCUGAUCAUGAACAGGAUGCUGCGACGAACCAGGAUUAUGAUGACAAGACUUCGGAUAUACCCACAGGGGAGAACCUGCAUGCCGAGGGUGGCGCAGGCGGGUCCGCUGCGGGAUUCCCUCCGUUUACCGUACUCAAGGGAGUUGUCGCCCCGCUCGCUCGCGCCAACGUCGACACCGAUGCCAUUAUCCCCAAACAAUACCUCAAAACCAUCAAAAGAACCGGUCUUGGUGUCGCUCUCUUUGACCAGUGGAGGUACCUUCCCAACACUGAUCAUGUCGAGAACCCAGAGUUCGUUUUGAACAAGCCACUUUACAGAAAUGCAAAGGUUCUUGUUGUUACGGGACCAAACUUUGGCUGUGGAUCCAGCCGAGAGCACGCUCCAUGGGCUCUCCUUGACUUUGGUAUCAAGUGCAUUAUCGCACCUAGUUUCGCCGAUAUCUUCUUCAACAAUACUUUCAAGAAUGGCAUGCUCCCCAUCCCCAUCGAUGACCAGUCUAUCAUCGACAAAAUAGCCGAACUUGCUACGAACAAUAAGGAGAUCGAGGUGGACUUGGUCAACCAAGAGAUCAAGACGGAAGAUGGAGAAGUUAUCACAAAGUUUGAAGUUGAAGAGUUCAGGAAGCACUGCCUCGUAAAUGGGCUGGAUGAUAUCGGCUUGACAAUGCAGCACGAGGAUAAGAUUGUUAGAUAUGAAUCGAAGAGAUCUGAGCUGUAUCCAUGGUUGGAGGGUACUGGCUACAUGGCCAAGUAUAGGAAAGGACCGGUUAAGGUUGAAGCUGUGAAGGUACCCCGGGCUGGUAGGAGAGGAGGCAAGCUUGAUUGGUAG